AUGACAUCCCGCCUAGAGCCCCUGUUCCACGCGCUCGAGCUUGAGCUCCUCAUCCCCGCUGCUGGGGUGGGGAGCCCGCCGAGCCGAGAGUCAGAACUGAGGGAAUGGUGGGAUGAUAUUCGGAACAGGGAGAAGAGGGAUACUGCGUUCCUCGGUGAGUCCGGCCUCCAGGUCGCCAUCCUUUCCCAAUCUCCUCUCUCUUCCCACGAUUCAGCUUCCUCCACCCGUAUCGCCACCUUUCCUUCCUUCCUCACUGCCCGCUCACCGUUUUUCAACGCUGAGAGGGAGAUGAAUGGGGGAGUAACGACGCGUAUGAGGCAUAUUCACUGGAACAAACUCUCCUACGCCGUAGCCCUCACCCUCCCCUCGUCCGCAUUCGCCGACCCCGAGUCCGACAUUGCCUCUGCCGACCCCAGUUCCAGAUCGAGCGGGGCCGGAUCCACGCCCACAGAACUCAGAACGCUCGCCCGAAACGUCCAGCUCACAGCGACGGCGAGCUUCCUUCCUCCGCAGCAGCGACGACCGGAUCCGCGCUUGAGCAUUCCGGCGCAGAACCGGUUGAGUGCCGCGAGUGUGGGAUCGUUGGCGCCGAAUGCUCCCUCAUACGCUUCCAGCGUCACUUGCACUCACUCGCUCUUGCUCGUGACGUCUCACCCGUCACCACCGGCUCGCUUCACUCACCGCUCGCCGCUGACGCCCAGCAACACUCCCGGAACUCCCACUGCCGCCCCUGGCGGGAGUGCUGUUAGCCCCGCUCGUCCUCCUGUCAGCCCUAUCGGGGUUGGUCCUUCUGCUGCUCGCGGUGCAGAGGCUGGUGGUAGCGCUGGCGCUCGCGCGACUGCUCCUGACGCGACCCAGGGCGGUCCUGGCACCCGACCCGCCUCCCAGCACUCUCAACCGGGCACGCCCACCGCUGCCGGAUUCCAACAGCAGCCCAACGUCCAGCAGGGACAGCAGCCCCAGCCCGGCGCUCCUAAUCCGAACCAGGCCCAAACGCAGGCUCAAUCCCAGAUUGGUCAGGGGCGGCCAGGAGUCCCGAGGCAGAGCUCAAACCUCGGACAGAGCAACGUGACCCCCGCGGUGCUCGCUGAUGGCGCACCGCCCCUCACUCCCGUGCCCCUCCCCUUUACCACAGGGGAGGACGCACGCUACGCCGCCGUCGAAGGCGUUACGAUCUGGGAGGGCGCGGUUGAGACGCAGGACGACGCGCGGCCCGUUGUGUUCAAGACGAGCGAGGGAUGGACGGCAGUGUGGCGCGGAGAGGUGCCUGUUGUCUAUGUUCGCACGCAGAUCGCCAACCCCGUGCUCGCCCUCACAGUGUCCGCGACGCUGCGCGAAGGCGGAGCGAAGAAGAACCGGCCCGCCAACGAUGCCGCGAGCAUCAUCACAACGCGCACCGAGGAGACGCUCGAGGAGGACGAGGAGGAAGCCACCGACUUUGCCGAGAUGGAGGAGAUUGAUCUCUUUGGCGGGCUCGUCGAGGAUCGAAUGCCGGCAUCGCGUCUUGGCCCAUCGCUGCGAAAUGACCUGAAUCUUGCCCCUGUGCUCGAGACACCCGCCGCGUCACCAGCCACGCCGAUCCGCACAGGCAGCGGCAGCACGCUGCGCAAGUCGUUCCGGCGUGUGUUGGAUCUGUCCUCUGGUCUGAGGGUGCGCAUGCGCACGCUGUUCCUUCCCCAGCUUCUUCCGCCGGGGUCCGCCAACGACAUCGAGAGCGAAGAAGGCGAGCGGCGUAUCGUCGUGUGCGUCGAGGUCGAGAAUGGUCCCGAUGCGUCCGCACACGACUUUGAGGUCCGCGGCGUCACGGUUGAAGUCGGGGGCAAGGGCGCGAAGGCGAGCACUGAGCUGCUCUGUCAGCCAGGACAAGAUGCCAAGCCGCCACGACCGACGUUCCCUCUCAGCCUAGCGCCGUUGGAGCAGUACAAUCUCCUGUAUCUCGUAUCGAUUGCGGCGGCGGCGGAGCGCAGCAAAGCUGACGACCACCGUCCUGUCACCAUCGUCCUCACCGGAAGGCCGAAGCGCGUCCGAGGGGACGAGGUCGUGUUCCCCACCGCCUCAUUCGAGUCUCGCUGGAACUGUGCCCUGGACCUGGGUCCGUUCUACGCCUCUCUCCCCCCUGCGCCGCCAGCGCCGGCCGCCUCGGCCCCUGCACCCCGACACGCAGCGCACAGGAUCAGCAAGCCGACUCCGCCGACACCCAACGCCAUCGCAGGUGACAAGCGCUACUCCCUGGCCGCGCUGCUCGCGAACGACAACCAGCCGAAACCGCGUCCGGGUGGCCGGCCCUUUGUGCCCUCCCAACUCGUCAGUCGCGUAGUCAGCGCGCGCGGCGCCCCAGUGCACACGAGGGACGACGGACACGGCCUCCUCGUCAGUGUCAAGCUGCUGGGCAGCGACGCGCUUGACGCCGAGGAAGUCUCUGGCGGCGCGCCCAAGAUCCGCGCGCUGGACACCUUCUCCGUCGAAGUGUUCGUGCACAACCGCACAGACGCCGUGCGGCGGUUCCGUCUCUCUGUCCCCGCGCGAGCAGAGGAAGAUAGGGUGCGCGACGCGUGGGCGCGGCGGCGGAAACGCGCAGCCGAAGAGCAGAGCCAUGGCGCCGACGACGGCGUGCUCGCGGCUAUGCUGGCGCAGCACGAGGCGGCGGCGCCGGCCCUCGUGCCCCUCGAGACGGACAUACGGUGCGGCCCCCUCCUGCCUGGGGCCAGUCUGUCGACGAGAAUCAGAUUCCUCGCGCUCAGAGAGGGCACGCACCGCAUUGAGAGGCUCAGACUCACGGGCAAUGGGGACGAGUUUGAUUUCGUCAUCAGCCCCGUCUUAGAAGUUGUGGUUAGCUAG